UGCGGCGCAUGCGCGAUGAGCGCGGCGGCCAGCCCGAACGCGGAAGUGCGCGGCCGGCGGCGGGACAAGAUGGCGGCCGCCGGGCUGCUGCCCGUGGUGGGGCUGUUCCUGCUGGUGCUUCCGGGGGCGCUGGGGAAGCGGAGCCAAGUGAAGACUCUAACGGACGGCACCUGGCGGGACCUGCUGCAGGGCGAGUGGAUGAUCGAGUUUUACGCGCCGUGGUGUCCUGCCUGCCAGAGCCUGCAGCCGGAGUGGGAGAAGUUUGCGGAAUGGGGGGAAGAUCUGGAGGUGAACAUCGCGAAGGUGGAUGUGACGGAAGAGCCAGGUCUAAGUGGGAGGUUUAUCAUAACAGCAUUGCCAACCAUCUACCACUGUAAAGAUGGAGAGUUUAGGAGGUAUCAGGGCCCAAGGACUAAAAAUGACUUCAUAAAUUUCAUCAGUGAUAAAGAAUGGAAAUCUAUUGAACCAGUUUCUUCCUGGUUUGGUCCUUCCUCGUUGAUGAUGAGCAGUAUGUCUGCUUUGUUUCAGUUAUCAAUGUGGAUCAGGCGUUGCCACAGUUACUUAACAGAGGACAUUGGCAUACCAGUUUGGGGAUCAUAUGCCAUUUUUGCAUUGGCAACUCUGUUUUCAGGACUGAUACUAGGACUUAUCAUGGUAUUUUUAGCAGACUGUCUCUGUCCCUCCAAAAGGCACAGACCACAGCAAUAUCCUUAUUCAAAAAAAUUAACAUCGGAAUCAUCCCGGUUCUUGAAAAAACUGGAUGAGGAGCAAGAAGCAGAUGAAGAAGACCUUUCAGAUGAUGAAGCAGAGAAUAAAGAGUUGGUAGACAGAGACUGUUCAACAAAUGCUGUAAGACAGCGCCCUGUAAACCCUGCCGCCACAACAGAUAAAUCUUAGUUGCAUUUACUUAUGGAAUUUAUUUUGUCAGUCAUAAAAAGCAAAAGGAGUUGAAUGUACCAGAGCCUUCUGCUUGAAGAGAGCUGUGACUCUUAUCACUAAUUCAGAAACAGGUACCUUCUUAAAAAUAUCACUGGCAUCAGGUAUUUGAAACUAAAGCUAGCUAUCGCAGGUGGCUGAACUAACUACUAUGUCUGCAGAGUUGUGCCAAGGAAUAGUUUUUUUUCUGGCUUUUUGAAUGACUUCUUUGGGUCAGUUGCACAAAAUGCAAAACCAGUUUAUUCACAGUAUGGGGGAACAUGGCAAGAAGCACGUACUAACUAGUUUUGCUCGCUAGAGCCUCUGGAAGGACUUCUCAGUAUAGAUUGGUCCAGUAUCACACUGAAGAGAAGCUGGAGAAAAAUCCUGACAUUUUGGGACCUUUGCCAGAGUUUUUUUCAUUGGGGGGGGGGUUGUUUUUUUUUCAUUAUUCUGAUUUGCUGUUCUGUUAACUGAUGGUGAAUGCUGGCAAAAGCUUCUUUACUCCAAAUAAUACAGAUUUAUGGUGAAAAGGAGUUGAGGCAAUAUGGAACUUACUGUAGUCUUAGAAAAGGCUAAUGGUUUACUAACGGCAGCCACGCUUAAGCCUGAUGCAGAAGUGUCUUGUUACAUUAGAAGGGAAAAAGCUUUUGUAAGCCACUUUUGUUUGUUUCCUGUUCUGUUCAUAUACGUAUAUUCCGUUGUUUUUUUUCCUGAACCAGUCUUCCUCUGUGGCCCAGAAAAGGCAUCUUGCAUUCCAAAAUUACAAUUCUGUUGACCUUCAGGGAAGGGGUUUGAAGCUGAAGGAGCAGAAGAGUGAAAUCUCUCAUUCUUAGGAAGCCUCUCUCUUUUUUUCUGUGGUGCUGGGAAUGAAUGUGGAGGUUCGGAAGUGGGGGGAGUGUGGUUCCUGACCAUGUUGUCUAGGAUGCAAUUCCAGGUAACAUUUCUCCUCUUGAUCUUCUGAGGGGAAAAGGUAUUUUCUGCUCUAAGUUUAAAAUUAACUUUUUUGCUUUUCAGUGUAUCUUAGGUAACUGAACUGUAUUAGUAGGCGUUUCCUGGUGAAGAAAGCAUGAUGUCCAACUUCCCUCAUUCAGGCAUAAAUAGCACACUCCGCUUGCGUAUGCAGUGUGGAGGAGCUGCUUCUAAGAUGGUGAUUCUUGGCAGAGUCAACACAUUUCCAGAGUGUGCUCAAAGCAUUUCUUUGCCUGUUGUUCAUUCUGCAGAAGUCACUCAGGCCAGUCCUGACUCAACUACGUAAGACCCUAUAACUCUUUCAAAUACAAGUGUAGUCCUUUUGUUCUCUUGGUUUCCUGGGCCCUGAGAACAGUGCUGGUGUAUUUUGCUUCCUCCGUGUUAGAGUCCAGUCAAUUCAAUCCCCUUCCUAGAUCUGAAAAGGGAAAGCUUUCCUGAGUAGCUAAACAAGGAUUACUUAAAAUUUUUAUGGAAUUGAUUGGUCUUCUCUAAGGACGUAGGCACACUUCACUCCUUGUGCUCAAGUCCAGUAAAGCAUCUGAUUACUUCAUGUUACUAUAAAGGACACAUUUCUUCAGAGACACUUCUUGUGAUGUUUCUUGGAAUCCUAACCUUUAUUACAGAUAGUAGACAGCAUAGAAUUGAGUCUAAAGCUUGAUUUAUGAAUAAGUUUAUUUUGGAUCUUGGUCCAGAGUUAUCGAGUGGUAUUGAUGCGUCUUGCCUACUUUUUGUUUAAAACCAACAGCUAAAGUUAAGAGAUGGUGGCAUUUGCUUGCUGCAGUAAUUCUUGCUAGCCUACAAAGUGAAAUUCUUUAAAUGCAUUUUAUAGUUAAUACAAGAUCCUUCCUAAUACAUUGAGCCCUCUCACUAAUAGCAUUGAUUUUUAGCAUGUUUAUAGGAGACUCUUGGGUGGCUGAACUGCUCGUCUAAAUAAAGUGUAAUUCUUCUGCUCUGAAAAUGGCUUCAAUUAACCUCAUGCAAUUUUCUGUCUCUCAGUGACUCGGGCUCAAACUGGCUUAGUUUGCAGAAAGCUCUCCUGAAGUGUCAGUCCUGUCACGUCUGUAAAGUUUUUCCUCAACCAGAUCUGAAGUGGGUAUAGUUAAGAUGUGCCUAGUUUGAGCUUAAAGAAAUGCUGCCAACUUUCCAACAGCACUGUUUUACAUGGUAUGCCCUAAAUUUAGAUUCCUUAUCCUUUCCUCUUUUUAAAGAUCUGUAUCCUCUUUAUAUGUAUAAGUAUUAUAUUAACAUGUGUGAAUGCUGAACUUGUUUGUUGCCAAGCACUCUGUAUAGUAAUUUAUUUUUUUCCAAAAACAUCAUAAAAAAUUAGCAAAUGACUAGUAGUUACAAAUUCUAGCGUAUGCAUUACACUUGUGACAGUCACCUCAGUGGAAUCAUAAGGCUGACAGAUGCAUCUUUUAUUUCAAUGCAAACAAUACUUUCAUCUCAAGUCACUGAGAGACAGCUACUGUGGAAUUCCCGACAUGUUUAAUCCCACCAGCUUUUCCCCCUCCCAUUAUAGAAGGUCACUCUAAAGCCAGAAAUGGUCCAGCAAUAUAUUACUAGUGUAGUGACUUUUAUUAGACCAACAGAAAAAUAAGUGUCAAUGAGUUGCUGUAGGGUGUUGCAUGAAAACAAUCUGAGCAUUAACACAUUGCCAUUGAAUUUUAAUGCAUCUAGAGUUGAUUAGGGUGCUAAGAGUUUUUUGUCUGAGACCUGUCUUUAAACCUUUUUUUUUUUUAAACAAUGUGUCUCCGGGUUUAACCUUGAUUCAGCUAGCAUACUGUGAAUGAAAAAGCAAGGGAUACCAGAUAUUUUCUGCUGUCCAGCAAAUAGUCCGAGAUGGUUCUCAGAUGGUCAGCUAAUAAAAUGGGUCCUUCCUUUUUCUCUUCUUGCUAAGCUUCAGUGCUCUGGGUCUGGCAUAUCCCAGGAAAAUAAAUAUCCAGCCUGUGUCUGAACUUUUGUAGCUUUCCAAGUAAGGUGCUGCUCUGUGUAAACCACUCCAUUCUGUCGGUGUUCUUUUAAUCAAGUGUUCCCACACUUUGUUUCAAGUUAAAUCUUUUGAUGUGUAAAUGAACAUAUGCAUCAUACAACACACUUAAGGUGUUACAGGGGAUUGCCUUAAAUUCUGUAGAAUUCAGUUCACAGUUUGUUACCAGUAGAAUAAAGCAAUAACUUUUUGACGCACCUGGAAGAAACAACACUGCAUUGGCUAAAUGGUAUACUUUAUUUAACAAUGAAACCUGUAUUCUGUUUUGGAGAGGGCUUGAGAGAAGGCAAAGGUGUAUAGAAAAAUGCUGCAUGUUCUUACCAUAGAAAAAUGCUGGUUCCAAACUUGACAUGUCAUGCACUGUUUGAGCAAGAACUUGUCUCUGUUUAGGUGUAGCUGUUGCUUACAAAGAAGCAGAUUUUGAUAACUUAUGCAAUGUAAAACGGUCCCUGCAUAACUUUUUUCCAAGCUAUUUGUGUAUUUAAAAAAAAAGUUGAAUUGGUAGUUUAGUAAAAGACAUGCUAGAGCAGGCUUGUCCAACAUACAGCCCGUGGGCUGCCAUGCGGCCCUCCAAGCAGUUUUCUGAGGCCCAAGGUGCUGCGACGGGAAACAAAAGUAAACACUAUACUUUCAUUUUGGCGGGGGAAGGAGGGAGGUGAUGUGAUACCGCUUUCUGUGAGUUCUUUGAAUAUGGCUCGCCGGCCUACUGGGUGAUAAAAGGUUCAUGAUCUGGCCCCACAUUCAAAAAGGUUGGACACCCCUGUGCUAGAGGGUUAAGACUUGUCCUUUUGAAUGCUUGCUUGUCCUUAAUCCAGGAUUUAUAGGCAGAUGAUUGGGACUAACUGAAGUUAUUAACUCUUAGUGACUCUGAGUUGCUUGAAUUCUGCCUUUGGGUUACAGAACUCUACCUGUGGCUAUUGUAAUUUAUUCAUUACUGUUUAGAUCGCCCAUAGGGUAACUGGAUGUACUUCUAUGACUUUCUAAAUCGUAUUGUCAUGCUUUCUACAUAAUGGUAUGGUCUGGCCUGUGAAUAUUUCUAAUUUCAUUCAUUUCCUCUAUAUGUUCCUGUACUCCAGAAUUGUUUACCUAGGCUGGUCAGCCCAGGGCUUCAAUGUAGCAAAUGUGAGUAUGUAGUAAGCAUCUGUCACGUAUGUAUAUUUGUGUUCAUAAUGCUUGAAUAUCAGUUUUCCAAAAGGCCGAGUCUCAUUUUCAUUGCAUCUGGAAUUAAAACAGGUAUGCACAAUCAGCGUGAUGGAAUAACACUAGCCGUAACCUACUCUUCUAAAGUUGUGUAUGUCACUGAUUCUCGGGGUAAACGUAGACUAAAUUAAAGCUGGUAGUCAUUCUCCAUGAACUUCUGAAGGUCUCCUUUUAUUGUCAAAUGGCAGAACAGUACUGUGCAACUAUUCCAGCAAAAAAUAUUUUGUGCUGUAACCAUUCACUUAUCAAAGCAGUUGUCUGAGUCUGUCCGCUUCUGAAGAAAAGAAAAAUCUAAUAACUUUUUAAUUAAAACUGCAUUGAGUUUCCUGUG